UCAAAAUGGCGGAUAACAUAAAACAAGAACGAUUGUAAAAUCUUCAUAUGUUCACGUAAGACAUUAUGGAGAGAAAACUCAGCUCCCCAAAUUACGAUUUAGAUCCAUCGUUGCAAGGUUUACUGAGCUUUGAAAGACUUGAUCGUUCAUCGCCAGAUUUGUGGCCUGAUCAGAUGCCUGGAAUCUCUGACUUUGCGGAAUUAAGAUCAAGUCCUUAUCCUGAUACUGCUGUUGAAACAAACUUAUCAACAGUUUUAAGCGAUGGAGAUAUGGACCUUCUGCAAGAAUUUGGCAGUUUGACAACAGCGCAACUAAUGGAAAAAGUCCGAGGCCUUCAAAAUCUUGCUUACCAACUUGGCUUAGAAGAAGCACGAGAAAUGACAAGAGGGAAGUUUUUAAACAUUUUACAAAAAAGUCAAAGGAAAUCUGGAAGAAAACUUUGAACUGUUGCUGACGUUAAUUAUUAUUAUGAUCAUUUUUAUAAUCGAAUAAAUCAAAACUUGCCCUUCUUAAA